AUGGGUCUCCGUAAAUUGUGUCGUAAAUUUCGCCACCCCUUUGAGAGGGAUGAGUCCGUGAUUACCACCCAUCACUCGUUUAAUGAUGGCGUAGUUGCGUCAAAGUCUAUGCCACCUGAUCAUUUGAGAACUCGUCAAAAUUCUUCUGUUGAGGGAAUCCGUUCGUCCUAUCCCAAUUGUCAAGCCUUUUUGGCGAAGUAUGGUACCAAAGACCAGGCUCCCAGAGAUAAUUCUCGUAUUGGUAUUAUUGAAAACCCCAGAAAUUCCUAUCCUAAUUGUGAAAAGCUGGCCUACUAUUCCAAGCGUAGUGCCUGUGGUAACCUCGCCCAAACAGGCUCAACCAGUCGCCCUUAUCGUCAUAAGGAUUUUGAUCUUAUUAAGACUCCCCAGUCACCAACUGGAUCCAUUGACUCCAAAAAAACCCUUAAUCCCGAAACGUUCUGGCCAACUACUGUAGUGAACCAUUUAAUAUUUGAACAGAAUGGUUACGAGGAAUUCAUUGCCAAAGGAAUGAACUCUGACCUUGGAACUAAAGGCAAUAACUCAGAGUUUGAGAUGGAUUCCACUCACUCUUCCGGAGCAGAAAAUCUUCAUCUUAUUUGGAGCACUCCCAGUCAAGUCUCCCUUGUUACUGUAGACCAGUCAUCAACUAGUUCUGUUUCCACUGUUUGUUCAGAAGAGAUUGUUCACCAAAAUGUCUCGCAAAUUACUGAACAGGUUAUUAAGGCUUCUAAUGCUUCUGACAGUUUGGAUUCCGAGGAAACAUUGCACUCCUUGGUAAAUCAUGGUGACAAGCCAGUUUGUGAGGUUGUUACUAUGCCCUCAAACAACGAUACCGAUGGCUCCUGUACUUCAGAGUCUUCUCAAAACUUCUCGGAGCUGACCAAGGAGGAGUCGACUAGCGAUAAACCAACCUCGCCUCCUGUUAGACCUGUUAGACCCAGGGUUUGCCCAUUUUUGUUGCAACCCGAAAUUGAUGAGAUGAUAGCAAAGGAGCGUGGUGAGUUGGUUACUUCCUCCGUCCUUCGUUGUGGCCAGUCGAAUCUUUCAGACACUUACGAGCUGCCUUCAGCCACCUCAGCCAGUAUCUUGGAGGCCGCUACUCGCGAAUAUCCUCCACGCUUUGGAUCAGUGGAUGCUGCCCUGAAUCCUGAAGUUGUAAAGUUUGACGAAGACAAGAAAACUAUGCUCAUGAAAAGAGCCCAAGCCAAAAUUGAUUCCUUAAAAAGAAAGCUUGGAUUAAAGUCCAACCCUGUGGCUCCUAAGAAGUACCUAAUUUUUUUAGGUAUUUAUUCUUCUCUAGUUGAGAACCCUCCCAUUAUUCACCCUGAAGUUAGAGUCCAGUUCUUUCUACCCGGACACAAAACGUUCAAUGUUUCUCCCGAUGCCGUGGUUCAGUGCCAUUUCCCCUCUGUUUACGAGAAUAUUCGCACACUUCGUGGGUCUUAUUUUCCCGAGUAUUUGAACUCGUUUCUAUUUGAUCAUCAUGCUUUACACGUAAAAUCACCAGGAAAGACCGAUUCAGACUUUUAUUUCACAGCUGAUCGAAAAUACGUUAUCAAAACAAUUCAACGCAAAGAGCACAAUACCCUAAUGGGAGAGUCCUUCAUGAAGGACUAUUAUUCUCACAUUCAAGAGAAUCCAGAGUCAUUAAUCCCUACUUAUCUUGGUCAUUUUACUCUUAGAACUCUUGGAAAAGACACUCAUUUUGUUGUCAUGAAGAACUUGGUUGGCACCGACGUCGAUACGGUCUAUGAUCUUAAAGGGAUUAAGCACAGAAAGCGAUCAGAAGCUACUAGUGCUAUGAAUGGCCGCGAUAUCAAUAAAGACGGUGAUUGGGUGGAGAACCAAGAGAUCAUUUUUAUGGGAAAAGACAAGCGAAAGAAAUUGUUAACCCAAUUGGCCUCUGAUGUUGCACUCCUUGAAAAAUAUAACAUAAUGGAGUACUCACUUUUGGUCGGUAUUCAUAAGGACCCUCAAUCAAGCGAAAUUAGACAUGCGAUGGGUAUGAUUGAUUCUCUUUCUCCAUAUGGUGUAUCCAAGGCACUGAAGUCGAAUAUUAGUAGAAUCGUUCAUCACCAUUCCUCUCUCAAUAUUAUCAAUCCGAGAGAUUAUGGAAAGAGGUUUCUAAAUUUCAUUGGGUCUACCGUCGUACUGGAACGCGGUAGACCGAUGACUUAUUAA